ACCAACACCACUACCACGCACGAGACAGAGAGAGAAAGAGAGAGGCCUUUCUGCGCUCGGACGUCGGUGAAAGAGCGCAGUCUUGCUCAUCAGCAAACACAGCCCAGGCCAAAGCUGAGCCAAAGCCAGCCAGCACCAGCCAGCCAGCCAGCCCAGCAGCGGGACUAGCCGUCCAGUUGAGGUAACGCCUCAAUCCAUCUGCGACUUCCUUUCUGCCCACUCCUCGUCCAGCACCACCUCUCCCUCCCGCUACCAACCCCCCCGACACCGACACCGACACCGUCUCCAUCACCGCUCACCACACAUCGCUCACCUCCACCCACCUCGCCGCCCUCUACCACCUCACCCGCUGCGCGCAUCGUCACCCCGUUGCGCAGAAUGGCGGAAAUCCGUCGCAAGCUAGUCAUCGUGGGUGAUGGUGCCUGCGGAAAGACUUGUCUUCUCAUUGUCUUCUCCAAGGGUACCUUUCCAGAGGUCUACGUCCCAACUGUGUUUGAGAACUAUGUCGCCGAUGUCGAGGUGGAUGGCAAACAUGUUGAACUAGCGCUGUGGGAUACUGCUGGCCAAGAAGACUAUGACCGUCUCCGACCUCUAUCAUACCCCGACUCGCAUGUCAUCCUCAUUUGCUUCGCCGUCGACUCGCCAGAUUCGCUGGACAACGUGCAAGAGAAGUGGAUCUCAGAAGUCCUCCACUUCUGCCAGGGCCUGCCCAUCAUUCUCGUCGGUUGCAAGAAGGAUCUCAGAUACGACCAGAAGACAAUCGAGGAGCUGCACAAGACCUCGCAGAAGCCAGUGACGCCAGAGCAGGCUGAGGAUGUUCGCAAGAAGAUUGGUGCACAGAAGUACCUCGAAUGCUCUGCCAAGACCAACGAAGGUGUCAGGGAAGUCUUUGAGCACGCUACACGUGCUGCUCUUCUCACGAGAAAGAAGAAGGAGAAGAAGUGCUCCAUUCUGUAAACUAUUCCGCACGCUGUCACACCCAGCCCAACGACUGUCUUCCGAACCUGUCUUAUCAACGAACCCCACGUCUACGAGAGACCGACGGCAAUUGCAGCUGCAUUACUCUACCUUUAAUCUGCAGAAACGAUGAAGACGCAACAAAGCGAGCGAGCAUGGAGGGGCGUGUUUUUAUGUCAUUUCCCCCCCACGACGAUCACCAGGCGAGAGUACACAUCUUGCGUAGAUGACGGUUGGACCGAAAGGGAAUGGGCACAAGCGAAAGCGAGCGUGUAAAGGGUUUGGGGGGAAGCGGAGCCCAUCAUCAUCAACUGGCUGGACCUUCAUUUUCGAUGGGCUGGUGGCUCGUUACUCUGCUGGGGCUCCUCAUGCUCCUGCCUUCUCCUUUAGAGUCAUAUCAUGGCAAUACUGUACUGGCGUUACAAUUUUGGGAAAUCAAAUGUUGUUCAUCCACUG